UAGAAGUAUUGUGGUUUGUAAGUACAUCUGAAAGGUAUUCACCUCUCCUGUUUGUCACAUCUUACUUAUAAUUGUUUGUAAGUUUGAAAAAAAUCUACUUGUGAGUGAAAGUAGCCUGAACAUAGCUUCUUUUUUUAAAUGUACUAAGUAAAACAUGCAGUUAUUUUCUAGUGGGGAAUUCCUGCUACAUGUGAUCUUUACUACCUUAAAUUUUAGACUCGUAACAUGUAAAGUAAAGCCAAAUUACACAGUGCUUGUAGAAAAAUACAUUUUACACUGGAAAUGAUUAGCUGUAACUAUAUGUGUACACAAGCUGUAUGAUGAAGGGUAAAUAAUGCACUUGCAUGUGUGAUUUUCAGCAGUAGAUGGCAGUGGAGACACACAGGAUGCCAGGGGUGUCUUGUUUACUAAUCUGCUUCCUUGUAGCCACCAGCUAAAUUUCAUUCCUGCUGACAACAGAGAUUCUGUGUCAGCUGACAGCUGUGUGAUGCUAGUUAGCAUGUUAGCUUCAGAGCUACCAAGCUGAAACUAUACUUUUUUAACGAGCUACGUUUGACUCUUUUAAUCGUUUUUUGGUGGAAGUCUUUUAGUGUGAGCCGAAUGUUAAUUAUGUGAACAAAGCGAGGAUGUUUCAGUUCUUAACCACGAAACAAAGGAAACAAAUCUUAGCAACUGUAGCUAACCGGUGUUUCGGUUUAACGAGCGACCGUGUAAACUGGUGACUUUCAGCGUUUUGGGUCCUAGUAGUGACGAUAGCCUUUAAAAACACAAACAGCACACAUAGGUGUCCUCCUAAAAAGCCUUAUCAAUUUUACUUUAAGCAACAUUCAUCUGUGUCUUUUAACUGCGCUAUCAAUUUAUAUAAAUUGUGCUCAGCGAGAAACACCCGGUUUGACUCGUGACCCGUCAGUGUGAUACUGCAACGAGAUUCCUAAGCUAUUUAAAAUAGAUUGAUUUCAGAAAAAUACGUAGAAAUGUGACCGUUUCUUGUUGGCAACACCAUUUUUAUAAGGUAUGAUUUAAAAAAGGACCAAACGAAUAUAUACACUGUGUUGAAUAUUCAGUUUAAGAGAAUUGAAGGCUUUUAAAAGGAUACCUACAAGUUCUGUUCGUGUUUUCAUGGUCGCUACGAGCAACAAGGGACGCAGUCACCAGUUAACACGGUCACCAGUUAAAACGAAACACCGACGGGCGUCUUCAUGGAGAGCUUAGCUGAGCUUUCAAGACUGGUCGUCAGGGUAAGUUAUGUCAACAGAUUGUGAUUAAAUGGCAAAAACUGAGGAGGGCAAUGGACUCGAUUUGCGGGGCAGCGCGGAGAAGCUGACAGAUAAUGGGACAGACCCGGGAGUAAACGGCGAUGUUAGCCCCGGGAACACACCGGUGGACAGGUACGGAUUCACCGGUGGAGCUCAGCAGAUCUCGGGAGAAUCUGCUGAAUUAAUCCCCAUUGACGUGCUGCGGCAGCGGGAGGCAAAAUGGCUGGAGAUGCUCAACAGCUGGGACAAGUGGAUGGCCAAAAAACACAAGAAGGUGAAGGAGCGCUGUCAGAAGGGAAUCCCUCCAUCCCUGCGUGGUCGCACCUGGCUCUACCUUACUGGGGGCAAAGUGAAAAGGGAGCAAAACCAGGGCAAGUUCAAGGAACUGGACAGCCAGCCGGGGGAUCCCAAAUGGGUAGAUGUUAUUGAGAGGGACCUCCAUCGACAGUUCCCCUUCCACGAAAUGUUUGCGGCGAGGGGAGGUCAUGGGCAGCAGGACUUGUUCCGCGUGCUGAAGGCCUACACUCUGCAUCGUCCUGAGGAGGGAUAUUGUCAGGCUCAGGCUCCCAUCGCGGCUGUACUCCUGAUGCACAUGCCAGCUGAGGAUGCAUUCUGGGUUCUUGUCCAAAUUUGUGAGAAAUACCUUCCUGGAUACUACAGUACGGGGCUGGAGGCGAUCCAGCUGGACGGGGAGAUCCUGUACGCUCUGCUGCGGCGGGUCUCUCCUGUGGCCCACCGUCACCUGAAGAAGCACAAGCUGGAGCCCAUCCUGUACAUGACCGAGUGGUUCAUGUGCGCCUUCUCUCGAACGCUGCCGUGGGCCUCAGUGCUACGGGUCUGGGAUAUGUUCCUUUGUGAGGGAGUGAAGAUCCUCUUCCGAGUGGGUCUGGUUCUCCUGAAAUGCAUGCUGGGAUCCCAAGAGAAACUGAAGGCCUGUCAGGGUCUCUAUGAAACAAUGGAGCUUCUCCGAGCUAUACAGCCACAGUACAUGCAAGAAAGCUUCCUGGUGCACGAGAUCAUAGAGUUGCCCGUGUCUGAGAAAGACAUCGAGAAGGAACACAACGCUCAGCUGCGGCGCUGGAAGGAGUCUCAUGGAGAUCUGCACUGUAAAUCCCCUCCCAGGAUGCACGGCGCCAAGGCCAUCAUGACCGCCGAGCCACCCAGCCGCCAGGACCUGAGACAGAGGCCCACCAUCAUCGUGGAGUCUCCCCUGGCAGUCAAGACAGAUGGGGAGACAGUGGAGGAUGCCAAGGACAGUAAAAAGACUAAAGAGGAAAAGCAGAAGAAAACAAUCCUACCACCACAUGAGAUUGUUAAUCCUUACCCUCCUCCCGGUGCCCCUUCACCUCUCCUCAAACACAUGACCGUACAAGGGUCCAAAGAGAGCCUGAGCAGUGCAGAGCACGACACCUACCUGUAGCAGGGUGAGUGUCACCAGUUUACACACAUACAUCAUUCCAUAAAGCCUUUUUCUAACUUAUCAGUGACACUAAUCACAACGGUCAGUUACAGUCGUCAGUGACAUGACGAACCUUAAGAGUCUGUCGCAGUCGUGACUGAGAGCUUUUAGUAAAAUGACACUUCAGGUAAAGUUAUAGAAUAUAAAAAUGUUUUUAAAGUUUUGUUGAAGAAAUCAGUUUCAGUUAUGAUAGUUUGUCAUACUUAGAAGAAAUUAGUAGACCAUUUAAAAAAAAAGAUCAAUCAGUUAAAUGUCUUGAAGACAAAGCUACGUUGCUCAGAUUGCAAAGCAAGCAAAGUUGCUGUAAUACUUAAAGUUUCAAUGUGAUUUCUUUUAUACAAGUUACUAUUUACUUAAACACAGUAGUACAGUCAUGAAAUUAAAGUAUUUUUUGCAAAAUUCUUGGAAAUUAAAAAAUAUGUAAUUCCCAAGAAGCCACAGCAGAUGGCGACUGUGGGCACAUUACACACACACGUCUAUGAGGUUUUAACCCCUGAGAGUGUGAAGCUAUCAGCUUUAUAUGACUGAACAUGCAGGGAGACACACUCACUAACACACUGUUAAAAGCUACUGCUGCUACUUACCUCUUAAAGGCAGUGCUCUGAUAUAUCCUUUGUUAUAUAAAUGAAGUCUGAUUUUGUCUUAAUUGAUGAAGUCUUUUGUGGAGCACUUCUGCCUUUAUAGUCUUCCUCUUUGCUUGUAUUAGUCACUACGUUGCCAACACAGAGAUUUAUAUUUAUCCUGCUUUGCUAGCCUCAGUCGUUCGCACUUAUUUGCAGAUACACAGUUUAUCAGUGUGUCUGUUAAGCACAGUCCUUUGACUGUUAUGCUGCAUCCGUGAGUUUCUUUGCUAUUGUUGAACACUUGAGGGAGUCCAGAGAUUCUCCUUCAGCUUCAGCAGUGACCAGCAGAAGGUUUAUAAGAGUUUAUAAGAGAAAGUGACAGCAGCUGUGUGACUCCUCAAUGAAGGAAAAAGUGUUCAGGGAUAUUUGUGCCACUAAGCCAAAGAUUUUUAAGGCAUAUUUUUUACGAUGUAUGUCGUUAAAGCAGUUUAUUCAAUCAUAUUGUCUUGGAGUAUUUGUUAGUUAUCAGUUUGGGAGAGUAUAGGGUUUAUAUUUAUGUUGUGAGUGAAAUAUGGUAGAAUGCCAUUUUGAAGAACGCUAAUACAAAGCUGUUUUUGUACAAUCAUGCUCAGAGGUUUGUGGAUCCUUAGACUGAAAUAUAUCUGAUUUUACUCCAGUGGGAAAACACUCACUGAAAUGUGCUAAGUACCAAGUUGUUGACAAAACAGCUUUGAAUAUCCAACAACUACAAGUUAAAUAUGAGGUCCAAGUAAUGUAUAAAUAUAAUUUUCAGCAGUUUUUUUUCUGAUAGCAUUAUUUAGCUCAAAAUUAAUUGAAACAUUAGGUUGCUCUGUUAUUUGAAAUUCAUGCCCCAACAUGAUAACAAAGAGACUUUUUGUAGAUGUCAGACUAAACCAUUAAAAAACCAUAAAAGAUAUUAAAAGUCACGGGAACCAUAAACCUUUGACAAUGACCAAACGUGUGUGGAUACUAAUUUUAUCUGAAAUGUUGUAAAUGAAGAAAUUGUUUCAAAAUGUUAAAUGUCUUAAUGAAUUUGUAUGCAAUCGUCAUUUAACUGUCCAAGAAAUUCCUUCAUUAACAGUGAUGUGUUGCUGCUCAUCAGAGUAUUUUCUGUCAAUGUUAUUAUAAUGGAAAUUGGUUGUAGGUAUUUGCUGAUUGUAAACACAAUGGAGAUUUUUUUAAAAAUGCAUGCUACAUGUUUAUUUUCUCUCAAUCGGGAAGCACUGUUUACCUUCCAUAUCCUCUGAAUAUUUUUAAAAAGGCACAUUGAAGCUAAUAUUUUUUUUAAAAAAACACAUCCAACCAACAUGCAGUGCAUCAGUCGAGUUUCUACAGAAAGCGUCCUAUAGUGUUGUGUACAGUAGAUGGCGCCACUGAGCUUCAUUCAUGGGAUUAGAUGAGACUAACUCACCCUGUCAUUCUGAUGGAUAAAAGAAAUACAGGAUGUGGUUUGUCAUUUAAAAACUUGAUGUUGAUUUUUUUUUCUUUUUUUUUUUUUUAAGGGAUUAUGUUUCAAUAUCCACCAAGGGACCAAAACAGUCCAUUAGGUUGUUGAGACGCUCGUCAGUACUCAUGCAACUGUUACAUUUAGAGAGAACACUGAUGAAGCUUGGAGCUUGUAAAUGUGAAAACUUCUCCUGCUGUUUUCAUCAGUAUAUAAAGAUUUAUUUCUGAUCUGUUUGUUCAUAUGAUUGAAAAUCAACUCCCCAUGUCUACAGGCUGGUUUUCUACCAAAUUAUAUUUAAAUCAAUAAAAUUUUAAACUCUUAAA